AUGUGGUUCAUAGAAGAUAGGACUGAUCCAGGCCAAGCUGCAGCUACCCUUCUGGGAAGGUUUUACUAUUAUGAAGGUGGCAAUAGCAAAUGGAUGGCAACACUUGUUCAGUCUUCAGGAUUCCCAUUACUAAUUCCAUUACUCUUCUAUUUCUCACCUACCAAAUGCGACCACAAUAACGGCACCAAUGACAAUAGCACCAACAACACCAUCACAAAAAAGUAUCCCACGAAAUCCAAAGUUUCCACCUUAACACUCAUCUACAUAGGUUUUGGCUUGAUUGCAACAGGUACCAACUUGUUGUAUUCUUAUGGGCUAUUCUAUCUACCUGUUUCAACCUAUUCUUUACUAUGUGCAACCCAAUUGGCGUUCACGGCACUAUUCUCUUACUCCAUUAAUUCCCAGAAAUUCACGCCACCUAUUUUCAAUUCCGUGAUACUUCUGACGGCGUCUGCUGCCUUACUUGCUAUCAACACUGAUGAUGUCGAUUGGAGACACAAGCCGUACGAUAACUACUUCAUAAUUGGAUUCUUCUGCACCAUUUUCGCAUCUGCUGCAUUCUCCUUUUGUCUCUCCAUGGUGCAGCUCUCUUUCGAGAAGCAGCUCAUCAAAGGGGGCACCUUCUAUGCGGUGUUGGAGAUUCUAUUCUACCAAUCAUUUGUUGCCACGUGUGCUUGUGUAGUGGGGGUGUUCGCAAGCGGGGAAUGGACGACUUUAAACAAUGAGAUGAAGAACUUCAAGCAGGGGACCUUUUCUUAUGUGAUGACUCUGCUUUGGAUUGCUGUGUCGUGGCAAGUAACAUCAGUGGGUAUGGUGGGUUUGGUUAUGGAGGUAUCUUCGUUGUUCGCAAAUCUUAUAGCCACUUUGACUUUGCCUGUGGUUCCCAUUUUCGCUGUUUUCAUCUUCCAUGAUAAGAUGGAUGGUGACAUGAUUGUGUCGUUGUUGUUGGCAGUUUGGGGAUUCCUUUCUUAUAUAUAUCAGCAUUAUCUUGAUGACCGAAAAGCUAAAGUUCAUAAUGUUGAGGGAGUUUGUUAA